GACGGGCCGCAGCCCAUGCCCCGGGCGGACGUCAUGAGGCACCUGCCAUAUUUCUGCCAGGGCCAAGUGGCGCGGGGCUUCGGCCGGGGCUCCAAGCAGCUGGGCAUCCCCACAGCAAACUUUCCUGAACAAGUAGUAGAUAAUCUCCCUGCUGAUGUAUCCACUGGCAUUUACUAUGGUUGGGCCAGUGUUGGAAGUGGAGAUGUCCAUAAGAUGGUGGUGAGCAUAGGCUGGAACCCAUACUACAAGAAUACAAAAAAGUCCAUGGAAACUCACAUCAUGCAUACCUUUAAAGAGGACUUCUAUGGGGAAAUCCUCAAUGUGGCUAUAGUUGGCUACCUCAGACCAGAAAAGAACUUUGAUUCUUUAGAGUCACUUAUUUCAGCAAUUCAAGGUGAUAUUGAAGAAGCUAAGAAACAACUAGAUCGGCGGCGCCUGUGGCUCAAUCUACCAGAACAUUUGAAACUCAAAGACAGUUUUUUCCGGGUUCCUAAAGGCAAAAUUAUGAAUGACCACUGA